UGUGUGUUUGUCUCUCCCUGGUGGACGCUCCGGUGAACCGCUUCUUCCCUCCCUCCUCUGGCUCAGCGGACGAGUUGUCAUGGCAACUGUGCAGCAUGUGUUUACUAAAACUGGGUCUUGACCGUCCAGCGACACUUCUCUCCACUCGCACAUCUGCGACGCCAUCUUAUUCUUCUAGCUGUCGGAGGGGGAGCCUGGGGAAGACGGACAGACCGACACAAGGUGCUGCUUCCAGCGGGAGAGGAGGGGAGCGGAGCCGCGGUAAGAGAGUCGAGGAUGAGCGGAGCCAAAGCCCGCAGCGACGCGCCUGUUGCUGAGGACGUCUCCGGCGGCGGCGGCGGCGGCGGCGGGCACGGCACUGCGGCUCCUCCGCGGGACCGCAAGCCCGGCGGAGGAGUCCUGAAGAGGCUGAAGUCCCGGAGGAGCCAGGUGGACAGCAGGCCCGUCACGGAGGAGGACCUGCGGACGCGGAGCGGACACAUCGCGCCGGAGGACGUGCUGGGACUGCGGGGGGCGACGCGAGGGUACCUGUGUAAACCCGAGGACAAUAUUUACAACAUAGACUUUGUGCGCUUUAAGAUCAGAGACCUGGAGACGAGCACCGUCCUCUUUGAAAUUGCCAAACCACCAAAUACAGAGGAUGAUGAGGAGAAUAGAGAGGCAGACGCCAGCGCAGGCCGAUUUGUGCGCUACCAGUUCACCCCGGCCUUCCUGCGCCUGAGGACUGUGGGAGCGACGGUGGAAUUCACAGUUGGAAACAGGCCACUAAAUAACUUCCGCAUGAUUGAAAGACACUAUUUCCGCGAUCACCUGCUGAAGAGCUUUGACUUUGACUUUGGCUUCUGUAUCCCAAACAGCCGUAACACCUGUGAGCACAUCUAUGAGUUCCCUCAGCUGUCUGACAGCCUAGUCCGUCAGAUGGUGGAGCGUCCGUACGAGACUCGCUCGGACAGCUUCUACUUCGUCGAGAACAGACUGGUCAUGCACAACAAGGCAGACUAUGCUUAUAAUGGAGGACAGUGAUAUCUGCCUGCUAGCAUGCAAACACACGCCCCCCAAAAAGUGCAUGCACACACCCACGUGCACGCACAUUUGAGAUAUAUAUACAAACACACAUGCAUGCACAUGGCUGAACAUAAAUACAGUUCAUUCACUCACACAUGCACAAGCAGCUACAGACACUGCUGAGUUACCUGAUGUUUGUAAAGAAGAAUUGCCAUUCAUCAUAGCAGGCAUUUACAGGGGAUGUAUUUGAUAUUGCAUUAGGCCAAUAUGAAUCUGAUGUACAAACAGGAUGCUACAAAAUGGGCUAAUUCAUCAAUUUUUUAAUUGUGGUCAGAUGACUAUAAAAUCAAAGAGGAUUCAUUAUUCUAGUAGCUGUGGGUCAUUUGUCUAAAACAGACCGAUUAAUAGAUAGAUGGUUAGUGUCCUCUUAGCAAAUUUAAAAGUGUCCUACCACCCACUCAAACACACACACACACACACACACACACACACACACACACACUCACACACUCAAUCCCCAAUUGACACACAUAAUGUUUACGCAGUGUUUGUCAGAAGCAGCUGUUCUCAGAGCUACCGCUACACAAUCCACUCCAGACAAUAUCGGGGGAGAAAGAGAGAAGCCAUCCACAAAAACAUUCCUGUCAAACACACAUGGUCACUCCUGUGAUCCUCUCCCCUGAUCCAACCCCCAACCCCCUCACCCCUGUCUCCCCUUUCACUUUCAUGAACACAUCAAAAUAGUACUGUACAAGAUAAAAAGGUCUCUGAGAUUUCACUCUCUAUUUUUGUUUUGCAGCUUUCUCUGUUUGACUAUAACAAACAUGGAAACAAAUCAGGGAACAAUUAACUACGAUGUAAUUGUUUUGACUGCGACCAAAUAAACCUUGAAUAACGGACAAAGGUAAAUAGAGAAAGGCAGAUAUUAUUUCAUUUCAGGAUGAUGCAUGUGAUGAUGUAAAAAAGGGAACUUUAAUAAAUUAUUUGGUAUUUAGUGUGUAAAAGAUAAAAAAGGAAGAUGGUGGGCUUCCUUGUGUGAAAGUCGCAUUGAUUAUUCUCCAUAUAGUUUAAUCACCUGUAUUUUUAAAUCAUUCUCUUAUCGUGCACAUCUUUAAAGAUCAACAUCAAGUUAGAACUUCUAUGUAGAUAACAUACCUCGACUUUGUACUUUGUAAACUUCGGUGUUCAGGGUUUAAGGUUGUGUUUGUAAGAAAA